GUGAACCAGAUGACCCAAUCGUAAAGGGCACAACCUUUGGUUGGGUUGUCACCAGAGAAACAAAUGAGUAUGAGCGCCUAUACUCCCUAGACGUGCUAGGGAUCGAGGAUCGGGUCGAAGGUGACCAGCUUGAUGUCUAUCGAGAGUUUCAAGAAAGCAUCACAACGCGAAACAACGGGAGAUAUGAAGUGAGCGUACCGUGGAUACCGGGAGCAGAGCUAGUCAACAGUAACGAGGAACCCAGCAGGAAACGAUUGAAGAACAUAGAACGGAAACUGAGUCAUGAUAAAAAGCUUCAAGAGGCUUACGAGGAGAUUGUGAAAGACCAGCUAGAGAAAGAGAUCAUUGAGCCAGCACCCUCCCAGCCAACAGGACCUCGUGUUUUCUACAUGCCUCAUAAGCCUAUCGUCCGAGAACAGUCUAGCAGUUCGAAGGUGCGAAUGGUAUUUGACGCAAGUGUGAGACCCAAUCCGUUAGUGAACAGUGUGAAUGAGUGUAUGCACACCGGACCGUCUUUACAACCGUUGAUGUGGGACAUUUUAAUAAGAGCGAGAAUGAGUCCACACCUUGUACUAGCAGAUAUUCAAAAGGCAUUCCUUCAGGUGGGCCUGAAGGAGGAGGACAGAGAUGCCUUUAGGUUUCUUUUCAACAUUAACAACCAUGAACAACACUUCAGAUUUGCCCGAAUUCCCUUUGGUGCAGAAGCCAGUCCGUUCAUGCUAGGAGCUACAAUAAACUACCACCUUGACCACAUACGUGGAUAA